GGUGUAUUUCUGCCAGUCAAGCUCCUGGUGACAUCACGGUCAUGUUCAUAAGUCCAACCACUGUUAAAGUAUCUUGGAAAAUAUCACUCAUAGGUAUUGAAAAAUAUGACGUCAUGUACAAACCAACAAACGCCAGUUUUCCUGACUUGGUCAUCUAUAAACUUUUUACUCUAUUAUUAAGACACAUUUUACGUUAUAAAGGUGUAUCGUGGCCAGAUAUUCAACAUUCACAGAUGAAUACUAGUGGUAAUGUUGAUGUAUCGCCACCGAAURUUGUAGGUGGUGUUGGACAUUCAGUACCACCAGAAAGCUCUACUUCUCCUCCUUAUGUACAGGUGCGAGGAAUCGAAAUUACUAUUGUAGUGCUGGUCUUAAUGGUCUGGGUCGGCGCUAUAAUAAUGUUUUUCAACCGCUGGGGCAAAAUUAGGAUGCUUAUACCAUAUCAACCAGAUUAYAAAGACACGCAACUCAAAGUACCCGGAACAGGUGCUUGUAAUACAACCAACCCGUGCCAAAACCAAACAGGACCAAGUUUUUGUUGUUCACAGCAGAGCAGUUGCUGCAUCUUGGACAAUUGUUUCAAAUAUUCACCUUCGUCRCCGGACGUACAUCCCAGAGACUGCACGUGUCGGUUCGCUUUGCUGCAUAGAGCGGCGUCGUCCGAAUAA